UCAUUGGAGUCGUGGUUCUGCCGGGCUUGAGGGCGCCAGCUCAGGCUCAGGGUGGAUCCCCUGCCUCCGUGGCCCCGGGCUCUCCCUGGGACCUGGAACCCGGAGUCCCAGCAUCCACCUUUGCCAGGGGGUGGGGCCAGAGCAGUCCAGCCCCUCCCCGGACAAGGGCCUCAAAUACUGCCCAUGCCCUGGCGCCCGGGCUGCUGCCAGACCAAGCCCGAGGAGUCUGUCUCGUGCCACAGACACACCCCCAGCCUGGAUCUCCGACCUGAUCCUGGGCCUCAGAUACCGCGACAUCCACAUCCCAGGUCCGCAAUCAGGAGCGUGUCCGGCCCUCCUAGCCACCGGCUCUGCGCCAUGGGUGAGCCCCUGGUCCUCCUGGCCGCGCUCUGGGCCCUGGGGGCUACCGGGGCCGCGGCGCUGCGCAUCGGAGCCUUCAACAUCCAGAGCUUUGGCGACAGCAAGGUGCUGGACCCGGCCUGCGGCGGCAUCAUUGCACAAAUCCUGGCUGGCUAUGACAUCACGCUGGUGCAGGAGGUGCGAGACCCGGACCUGAGCGCCGUGUCUGCGCUCAUGGAGCAGAUCAACAGUGUGUCCAGACACGAGUACAGCUUCGUGAGCAGCGAGCCCCUGGGUCGGGACCAGUACAAGGAAAUGUAUCUGUUCGUCUACAGGAAGGACGCUGUAUCUGUCCUGGACACGUACCAGUACCCGGACCCCGGGGACGUCUUCAGCCGGGAACCUUUCGUGGUCAAGUUCUCCGUGCCAGGCUCCGCCGCCAGGGAGUUGGUGCUCAUCCCGCUGCACGCGGCGCCGCACCAGGCCGUGGCGGAGAUCGAUGCUCUCUAUGAUGUGUACCUGGACGUGAUCGACAAGUGGGGCAUGGACGACUUGCUGUUCCUGGGCGACUUCAAUGCAGACUGUAACUAUGUGCGGGCGCGCGACUGGCCAUCUGUCCGCCUCCGCAGCAGCGAGGUGUUCAAGUGGCUCAUCCCCGAUAGCGCCGACACCACCGUGGGCAACUCGGACUGCGCCUAUGACCGCAUCGUGGUGUGCGGGGCCCGCCUGCGCAGGAGUCUCAAGCCGCAGUCGGCCGCUGUGCACGACUUCCAGGAGGAGUUCGGCCUGGACCAGGCUCAGGCCCUCGCCAUCAGUGACCACUUUCCCGUGGAGGUGACCCUGAAGUCCCGCUGAGAACCUCCGAGGCCUGGUCAGGGCCCCUGCCUGGGUAUUCCAGCCAGGAGGAACAGCCCCACAGGGCUCCUUCUGGGUGGCCGCCCCCGGCAAGGCUGCAGGGCAGGGCUGGCAGGACAAGUGGCCACGGAAACAUCACAGGGACCACUCGGUUUGCCCAUCUGCGAAAUGGGCUACUGUAUCUACCUCACAAGGUGGUGAGGAGCACCCUGCGGAGCGCCGGGAACACGGCAGUGCUCAAUAAACACGAGCCGCGGGACCACACCCUGGUUGGCUUUAAGGCGUC